AUGGUCCUCACCAGUAUUUACGAAGUAUUUCCCGCCAACUUGGGCGUUGUUUAUCUCCUCGCAAUACCAAUCUUCGCAUGGGUUCUGCUUAACAUAUUGUCGGGAAGCCCCUUGUACGAUUUCCCAGCUGUCAAUGGUAAGCAGAAAUACGAAGUCCUCCUCACAAAUGCCCGUCGACGAUUCCAAACCCAGGCAGCGGCUCUGAUCAAGUCUGGCUUUUCCGCGUCUAAAAACGCCUUCUGCAUGAUAACCGACAACGGUCCGAUCCUCGUGCUCUCGAACAAGUACGCAAAGGAACUCCGCAACGAUGACCGACUGAGUUUGAGCAAGUUUACGGCGAAUGAAUUUCACUCGAAAAUCCCCGGAUUUGAACCAUUCAAUGUGGCAACGGUAGAGGGUCAACUAAUGCUCAACGCCAUCAAACAGCAGCUUCAGCAAGCUCUAGACUGCCUGGUAGUGCCCUUAUCUGCCGAGACCUCCGAUGCGCUCUCCAAGAACUGGACCGAUAAUCCAGAGUGGAGGGAACUCAUACUGAAGCCGAGUAUACUUCAAAUCGUCGCGCAGCUAUCCUCCAAAGUUUUCACUGGGGACGAUCUAUGCCGGAACCCCGAGUGGCAUCGAAUCACCAUCACCUACACUACGCAUGUCUAUGAAGCUACGCAGGCGCUAUUCCUAUGGCCUAAGCGUCUGCGUCCCACUAUCGCUCGAUUCCUGCCUGCCUGUCAAAAGCUAAGGACGCAGAUUGAGCAAGCCCGCGCGAUGAUCUCCGCGGUCCUAGCCAAGAGGAAGAGUGAGAAAGAUGCAGCAGGGCGUCUGUCCGACGCAAUUGACUGGGUGGAGGAAUCGUGUGAAGGACGUCCGUAUGAUGCAGCGAUCACGCAGCUUCUUCUUUCCUUUGCAGCAAUCCACUCGACAGCCGAUAUGAUGACGCAGGUGCUGUAUGACAUUUGCGGGAGGGAAGAGCUUCUCAGUGAGAUGCGGCAGGAAAUCAUCUCGGUCAUUCAGGAUCAAGGCUGGACUCGCAAGGGUCUUUUCAACCUAAAGCUGAUGGACAGCGUCCUGAAAGAGAAACAUGCACAUCGCGCUAACAUUGCUUCCUUCAUGUCAGUCUCCAUGGGUCGUGUCUCCGAGGAUACAAUUCACCUAUCCCACGGUGUCACUAUCCCGAAGGGUGCCGCGGUCAUGGUAUCCAGCGACUCCAUGUGGGAUCCGAACGAGUACCCAGAGCCUCACAGUUUCGACGGCCAUCGGUUUCUGCGCCUCCGUCAAUCACCGGAGCAAGAGAAAUACGCUCAGUUGGUCUCCUCGACGCCCAAUCACAUGGGAUUUGGGUACGGCAAGCAUGCAUGCCCGGGUCGUUUCUUCGCCGCAAACGAGGUCAAGAUCGCUCUAUGCCAUAUGCUCCUCAAGUACGACUUCCGGCUCACUGAUAAUCGGCCUCCACAUAUUGUCAGCCUAGGUUUCAAUCUUUUCACUGAUCCGAUGGCGAAGAUCUCGCUGAGACGGAGGAAAGAGGAAAUCCAGCUGCCCUGA